AUGCAGAUUGUUUACUGUUGGUUUUCAAGUGAAAUUCGUCCUCUUGCCUACUGUUUACUUGUGAGUACUUUUACUUUUGCAGCACUAUUGUAAAUUAUUAUAACAUUAUCAGGGCAUUGGCUAGCUCUCAGGGAAAAUUUAUUCUCAAGGCUGUAACUGGUUAGCAUGUGCUAUUAUCUAAAAUAAUUUUUAAAGACAAAAUAAUUAUUUAGUGAAUAUUGCAAUUUUUAUAACUUCUUUUUACUAGGGUAUAUGGCUGGUUUUUCUAUUCAUCACCCUCGGACUGACAGCAGAUGACUAGUGAGUUGGAAAACUACUAUCUUUAGGUUGUGUUAUGUUGACCAUUUCACUUCCAGCAGUCAGACCAAGACAAAAUUUCCCCUAAGAUAUCAAUACCAAGCAGACAUUUAAGAGCCCAUGACUGUAAAUAUCGAGAAUCGUUGGCCAGGCUAAAAAAAUCGAAAAUUCUGAUAAUUUGCCUGGAAAACCCUUUUAGGGAGACAUAUUCAAAAAAUUAUUUUAAAGUUUGAAAAAUCAAAUGUGUCCGAGGAAAUGGGGAAAAACGAAAAUUCGGGUUUUUACCCAAUUAAUUAUGCAAAAAAUACAGUAAAAUUGACCAACUUUAGUGUGCGAGUACUGAAGGAGGAUGUUUGGUAAGAAAUCGGGAGUGUUUUUACUUCAAAGUAUAAUUCAUUUGAUUUUUAUUUGUGGCAUUUUAAGGAGCUUUGGUUUAAUUUUAAAAUUCACAUGAUUUUUUAACAAAGUGCUGUCAAACGCUUGUUGCAAAAAGCGAAAAAUUGAGCAACUUCAAGCCUUUAAAACGCGUCUUCAAAGUUUAGUCCUUAUACUAACACAAUAUGAAAUAAAAAAAUCUGGGUAAUUCAGAAACGUGCCGACAAAACAUAAAGGUUUGCAACGCACUGUGGCCAGAGGUCACGAAUUUGCAUGAUGCAAAUCAGUUGUAGAAAUCGUACCGCCCGACGGUUCUGAUGUAGGAAAGGCUCUUUUGACGGCUAUAACAUGAAAUUUACAAGAAUAAUGACCAGAAUUUAAUAGCGUUUAAUUCGUUUUUUAAGCCAAUGAGUGUUUAGUUUCAUUUCUCGUAACUGUCUUGACGAAAAGCAAAAUGUUUCAAUUGCGUGACAAUUGUCACGUUGGAUCAAAGGUGAAGGUGCCGAGUAAAGUGGACACAAUCCUUUUUUCGUCAAAACUCCAUUCUAAAGCAUCCAGUCCUAUAUAUCUCGUUUUAUAUUACUUGUAUAAAUUCUAGUUUUAUGGGUCUAUAUCGAACAACAUGCAGCCGGCCUGAUCCUGAUCCAAGAUAUUUCAAAAGAAAUAUUACCGCAGUUGCAGAAAACGUAAUUAUUCAACUAAGAAUGAUGUCGAUAAUAAACCACUAGUCAACAAAAAUGGUGAACUAUACAGCAGCCCUUAUCUAUAGUUAGGUGUAGGUAGUGCUGUUGAAAUAGCGAGUUGACAAUAACAGUCUUCUGCAAUUCAAAUAAACAGAAAAUUUCGUAUCUACACAUCAAUUUACAGCCCUCUUCAGCAAUGUCUGCGGAUUUUUUAUUCUAUAAUUUUAUAUCAUUUCCAUAUCAAAGAGUUUUUUAACCAUCUUUAACUAUCUUGUUUACUUCGUAGCUCUCAAGUACGAUUUCUACAUCUGAUUUGCAUCAUGCAAAUUCUUGACCAUGGCCACAGUGCGUUGCAAACUCUUUUAUUUUGCCGGCCCUUUUCUGAAUUACCCAGAUUUUUUAUUUCAUAUUAUUUUCAUAUAAGGAUCAAACUUUGUGCCAGCUUGUACUUUGAUAUGAUUUCUCACAUGCCAAGACGCGUUUUGAAGGCUUGAAGUUGCUCAAUUUUUCGCUUUUUGCAACAAGCGUUUGACAGCACUUUGUUAAAAAAUCAUGUGAAUUUUAAAAUUAAACCAAAGCUCCUUAAAAUGCCAUAAAUAAAAAUCAAAUGAAUUAUACUUUGAAGUAAAAACACUCCCGAUUUCUUACCAAACAUCCUCCUUCAGUACUCGCACACUAGAGUUGGUCAAUUUUACUGUGUUUUUUGCAUAAUUAAUAAGGUAAAAACCCAAAUUUUCGUUUUUCCCCAUUUUCUCGGAAACAUUUGAUUUUUCAAACUUCGGAAUAUUUGUUUUGAAUAUAUCUCCCUAAAAGGGUUUUCCAGGCAAAUUAUCAGAAUUUUUGUUUUUUUUAGCCUGGCUAACGAUUCUCGAUAUUUACAGUCAUGGGCUCUUAAGUAAUGAGAAUAAAGAAAAAUAUCAAUUAUGGGAUUACCAUAAAUUUUUCACUUAAUUCUCAGAACUUCAAUUAUAAGCAAUUACAGACAGUAAGGAGAGAAUUACUAAGUGGAUCUUGAGAGUGAAAAGGUAAAUUGUAGUGAAACUACAGUGGUCUUGAACUUGGUUGUAAGUUUGACAUGGUGGUUGGGUUUCUGGUCUUGAUGGCUUUCUGUGAAGAAAUGCAUUAAAAUUUGUUUUACAAUAUUCUUUUCACAUUCAUAUCUUUGUAAUUAUAUUCAUAUCCUUGUCUGAUGUUUAGUUGGAAGAUGUGUUCAGUCAGGAGAUAUCCUCCAAUGAUUUUAUAGAUAAACUUUUUGUCUUUGAAUAAACUUAAUUUUGGGAAAUUCAUUGUACAUGGACUGUUUCCCUUGCAGCCUCUGUCCAUCUUUAACAGUGAUUUCUAGAACUUUAGGAAUCAACCAGAACAUUGCCGUAUCCUUUACUCAACCUUUAUCUUUAUCUCUCUCAAAAUCAAUCAAGCUCAAGCAUGUAAGCCUGCAUAUACCACAGUAUUAGUCAGAGUAGUAUAAAUGUACUGGUUGGAUUUCUAAUUGCUAGUUAAGGUUUGAAAAGCUGGUAGAUUUAAAAUGGCUAAAAACAGUUCAAGUUCUCAAUGUGUUUCUCAUUUUGUUCUCAAUAAGUUGCCUGAUAGUCACUUUGGGCCUCUCUCUCUCUUCAACUCUCAAAUGAUAGAAAUCUCAAACUCAUUAUCUAAAGUGAAGUAGCUCUAUGGAGGCUUUUUCUAUCUUUUUUGGGGUUAAAGCUAGUAAAUUAGCUUCUUUUUAACUACUCUUUACAUGCCCAAAGGACUGGGAGAAGCCCAACCACUGGAGUUCACAAUGAGUUUCCUUAACAAAGUUACACACUCCAGGGAGUUACAUUCCUUGCUUUUGGCAAUGGUGCGCCUGACAUCUUUAGUUCUCUGGCAGGUUUCACUCAGAACGGAGAUCAAAGUGGAGUACAGCUUGUGAUACAAGCCCUCUUUGGUAAGCUGUACAAAAUCUUUAGCACAAAUCCAACCCAAGGAUGACCCUUGAUUUGAAUAUCCAUAGGAUAUAAUUUGCAUCUAAUUGAUAUGUGCGUCUUGUCUUGUAAUUAUGAAACAUCUUAUGAAAGUGUGUGUUGAAGUUUAAAUGGAUCUUUGGUCAAAUUGAUUUUUAUCUAAUAGACAGUUUUAUACCUUUGUCUAGGCUGCACUAUCAAUGUCUUUACACAAGGAAAAAGUAAAUUGAACAAGUGUUAAAUAAUAUUAAAAUCUGAUUUAAUUUUAAACUGCAGCAUAUGCAGCAUACUAUCCAUUGUUUUGAUCAACACCUUGAAAGGAUACAAGAAUCUACAGCUGUAUUUUAAAGUCAUGUAAUGGUGCAUACUUAUGGUGCAGGUUUAAUCCAAAUACUGUUUUAUCCAAUCACGUAUAUUCAGUUGAUACUGACUGUCACAAAAAAGGAAAAAAAAUCUAGUCCCUUGGUGAUAGUUGAAAACGUUUAAUCUUUGAACAAUAUGAGUGAAGUCAUGAGUAAAGUGAAAGGUAUUCUUUUUUAAACUGAAAGAUGAGAGUUUUCAUUUGAAGCUCAAUCAAAUGUAAGUAAAUCAGAUCUAAAAGGAGACAUUGAAUUACAUAUUUGUAACUUUUUCUAUUGAUCUUAUUCGUUCAGGUGCUGGUAUUUUUGUAACAACAGUGGUUGUUGGGGUAAUAUCAUUUAUCUCAAAAGACCUUGCCCUGACAAACCGUCCUUUUAUCAGGGACGUAUUAUUCUACUUGGGUGCUGUGUCAUUGGCUUUUAUUACCUUGCACAGGAAAAAAAUUACAACGCCAUUGGCAAUAGGUAAAAUAUCUUUAACUUAAAGAUAUGGUGAAAGCUCCAAGAUAGGUAUUAUAACUGAACAUGAAAUAACGAUCAUGUCAUUUUUACUGCUUGUUUUAUUGUCUUAAAAAGUUUUUUAAACCUUAAAUCUGUUUUAUCAUAGGUGAAAACCUUUUUAGUUAAAAAGAAAUUGUUCUAAACUGUCUAACCAAAUUUAUGGAAAAUAUUGAUGUUAGCUGUAUAAUUCAAAAAGAAGGAUUUUUAUUGUGCUGGGAUUUUUCAAGACUGUUGUACCUUAGGCACUGUAGUUCCUGUUUUUUCAUUUAUUCUUUGUGGCCAAUUGCUUAUGGUUAUUUCAGCAUCUUAAAGAAACUCUUGAACUAACAGCAAUUAAACCCAUUUUAUCUACUUCUGCAUCAGUUAAAAAAAGAAAAUCAUUAUUAAGUUACAUUUAAUUUUGGAAAUGCAAAGGAGUUAUUCCGUGAUACUGCCUAAUCAAUCAUUGAAAAUUAAUUUGCAAUGUGUUCACUCUCAAGAUCUAUUUGUUGAUUCACUCCUCUGGCAACUACACAUUUCCUCGUAAAAUGGUUUUGAGAAUAUAGUGUUAGGAUGAUCAACUGAAGAUAAAAACCUCCACCUGACAAGUUUGAGAAUUCUUAUCACCAGUUUUCUAGAAACUGUAUGGAUAUUAUGGGGAGAAGUUAGUUGAUAAUCACAUCUAGGAGUAAAAGGGCUAAAAGAGAUUUACUCAAGCUUCACUCAUUUGUAAUCUCUCCCUUAUUAAAAAGGUUUCAUAGCAUUUUAUGUUGUGUACAUCGCUGUGGUUAUUAUUGCACGCUACAUCUACCAGGGGUGGAAAAGGAAGGCAGUGAAAGUGGAUAUACAACCUGAUUCAGAGAUAGGUUUGUUUUCAACCUUUUUAUCACCCAUGGGAGUUAACAAUCAAAUUUAAAUAAUAUAUAUUACAAGAGUGAUUACAUUAUUGUUACAUAAAUACUACAUAUCUGAUUGUAUGUACCUUGUCUACUUUGCAAACACACCCCAAAAAACGUGGACGUACUCAUUUAAAUUGAAAUUUUCUAUUUUAAUGAACAGCAUCCAGCAGAGAAUUUUUUGACAUUAGCAACUUAGCAGGAGCAAGAAGACAAUUGGGUGCUGGGGGAGAUGCUAGUGAACACUCCAGCUGGGCUUCAAGUACUAAUUCAGAAAAUGUCCCCCGCAGAAACAACAUUUCUCUUACAUCUUAUAGUAUGAACUCAGGUACUGUCACAGUGAAAAAGUUACAUGCAGCUCAGCCUUACAAUAAAAUUACCAUUUUAUUUUAUCUUCUUUCUGAAAUGUUCACAACCAAAAGAUCAUUGAAAGAUCUGCUCAUUGAAUGCAUAAAAUCAUAGCCCCCUCCAUUGUAAGACUUGGUUUACCACUCGUGCAACCUUUGGAACUUUUUGUCUUUGUACUGUUUUUGUCAAGGGGAUAUCUCACAACAAUCAAUGCUCUGAGAGCUUCUGAGUUUAAGCUAUAGUUUAGUGGUAUACCCUAUAUGUACGAGCAAACGAAGAAUUUCAAUGUUUUUUAUUUUUCACUUUGGACACUUCUCAGUCUUUCAGUUUCCUCCUUCACAACCGCUGGUGUCAUUUAUUGCAUACCUUCAAAAUGAUAUAUACGUGGUCUAAUUGUUCAUCGUUCACAUUUGAGAAAAAUUUGGCAUUUCCCACGGGCAGUAAAGGGGUUGAAGUUCCAACGAUCAUACACUGGUCAACUACACUUCCCUAACUUACCAGAUGCUCAAGAUAAUGAACAGCAUGAUGUAAAGAGAUUGAAUCAUGGUUCACUAAUGUUAAUAAUUUUCUCCUUCAGAGGAAGAUUUGACAACUGCUGUUGUCAUUUAUUGCAUACCUCUGAAAAUACCUUCAAAAUGAUAUAUACGUGGUCUAAUUGUUCAUCGUUCACAUUUGAGAAAAAUUUGGCAUUUCCCACGGGCAGUAAUGGGGUUGAAGUUCCAACGAUCAUACACUGGUCAACUACACUUCCUAACUUACCAGAUGCUCAAGAUAAUAAACAGCAUGAUGUAAAGAGAUUGAAUCAUGGUUCACUAAUGUUAAUAAUUUUCUCCUUCAGAGGAAGAUUUGACUCUUUUGGGAGGUAAACGGAAAAUUAGUGCUCGGAGAAAAUUUCUCCUUGGCCUGGUACCAAUUGACCAUGAAGACUGGAACAGGAGUAACUUUUUCAAGAAAUGCUUUAUGAUUUUUAAGGUAAGAAAUUUUUAUCUGUAAUGCUGUAACUGAGAUUAAAAUUUGACUCAAUUUUUUGUAUGGUCUCAAAUGAGCAUAUAAAAAGCAAGAAACGGACAACCUUCCCUCUAACAUAUUAUCAUAUGAAUUCACUAGGCAAGCACUUAUUUAUUAAGUGAGAUAUUUUCUCGAUGAUUGUAGGCUCCUGCAGUAUUUUGUUUGAAUCUUACCAUACCAGUGGUGGAUUAUGAUGAAGAGGAGCAUAAUUGGAAUAAAUGGCUGAAUGUUUUACAUUGCUUAACGAUGCCUGUGUUUGGUGUCGUGGCUACAAAGAGUAAGGAUUUCUUAUCUCACGAUGUUGUCUCACGACAAGAUCACUUAUAAACGCAAUGUUUCUUACUGCAUAACUUCCCGUUAAUGAGCAGCUAUAACAUCCUGGGGGAAAUUUUCAUCAUGUGGCUCUCUGCCACCCCUCCCGACCUGUGAAUUGAGGAAACUCUUAGGAGAUGUAUUGUCCCCACUGAACAGGUUUCUUCCACAAGAUACAGACCCCUAGAUAAGAAAAAGACAAAACCUAAAAAAAAAGAGACAAAAACAGAGCAAAAUAAAACAAAAAAAAAAACUAGCGAGCAAAACAAUUCCGUCAUGUUUAACUCUCUCUUUGGAAAAAAAUUGGUAAUUUUCUUUUUUAAACAGAGGCUGUUUUACAGGAUGAACAGGGCUGACGGGGAAACAUUUUUUUAACACGGUGAAAUUUUAAUAAUUAAAGAGAUCUUUCGCGUAUCAAAAACUGGAGGUUUGUUUCAUUAAUAAACAUGCACUGAUGAGAUUUUUUUUAGUUCAUAGUCAUGAUCAUGACAAACUUCCUGCCUGGGCCCUGGCUCUCUGCGCUGGACUGGUUCUAGCUUUGAUUGUUGCUAUGACAACAAAGAGUGAAAAGAGGCCUCGGGGCCAUUCGGUAAGAACUUCUAAAUGUUGCUCAGGAAGGUAUUUUUAGAGACAUCUGCAAAUCGUAAUGUGAGCAAGCUGGGGCGUGGUUGUCACAUCCUACCCAGGGAAGGGUUCUUAGUGGAACGGGUGUGGUGCAUAUCCAGAUUAGUCCGAAUUUCAUGUUGAAGAACGCAGUUAAGACAGAUCACAUUUUUAAAGUCGUAAAGUUCAGGACUUUUUAUUGAUAAAGAUCAAAAGUUUGGCAAGAUUUCUUUGUGACCCAUACUUUGUUAUGCAUACAAUUGUUUGAUAAAAGCAAAAAAAACAGCGAAAACAAUGGCUUACCUCCGAGAGUAAUGCUUUGUUUUAGAAUAACACGGGGUCAUACGGAAAUCUUUCCAAAUUUUUCAUUAAACAAUGUGUUGGAAGGAUUUCCUCUCUUGAUCGCAUCUUAAUCAUCACUCCUGAUCAGUAGAUUCUGACAAAACGUUAAUAAAUCAGUUUCAUUCUUCUCAGUUAUAAAUACAGCAAUAUAAGAUUUAAAAUUGAUCACUUAAUAGUCUUUUUACGUUCUUGAAUCUCUCAUCAGUUGUUUGCCUAUCUGGCGUUUGCGGUUUCCGUGGUUUGGAUUUACGUCACAGCAAAUGAGAUUGUCAACCUUCUCGAGGUAUAGAAGACCUCUUGUUGUCAGUUAUGAUUGCGAAUACUUUCUUCAGAAAAUUACUUACAAAUAGUACUUAUCUUUGGCACAAUUUCUGGCGCCCUAUUUGACAUUCCGAUGUAAAUCUUAUGGGGCAUUUUCUUUGGACCUCCGACUUUGAUUUUGUUUCCAUUCUUUGAUCUGUAGAUGUUCGGUAUCGUGCUUUGUUUAGAUGAAGGAAUUCUUGGCCUUACUUUUCUUGCAUGGGGAAACAGUUUAGGUGGUAAGUUUGGACUCUUCCCUUGUUCUUAUCAGUUCCUGUUUGCUGAAGUCAGUUCAGGAAAUCAUUUUACCUGCAUACAUACAUACAGUUUCAUAUAAGCUCGAAGUUUAGACUAUCAGCAAUAUUCUUGCGUCUUUGACAUGUAUGUAGCUUCAAUGCACAUGUCGUGAAGGAAUUAGGUAAGCCUCGAAUUACUAAUUACCACAGAAUUAAAAGAGAACGUCCUCUUCUAAAAAAAAGAAGAAAAAACAAACAAAUAAGUAAUACAAAAAUUAAGUGACAUAAUUUUUUUUCUAGAUAUCGAAAGUUCUACCAAAAAAUACAUGUUCAUUAAAUACUAAGUAGUGACCCUUGCGUUUUAUUUUGUUACAUUAUUCUCAUUUCAUCUUCGCAGAUUUAAUAUCAAAUACGGCCAUGGCAAAACAGGGAUUUGGUCAAAUGGCUGUAUCAGCUUGCUUCGCAGGUCCUUUGUUAAGUAUCCUUUCUGUGGGUGUGAAUCGUUGUCAGUGUGUUGCUCUAGGCGCGCAAACGCUUUGUGAGCUAGGGAGAUUUUGUUAAUGUUAGCUUUUAAUGAGCUCUUCACCCAUCAAAAAAUCAUGAACUUGCAAAGAUACCACUACAGAAGCACUAGAAGAAAAAAAUGAGCGUUGGUGGUAAAAAGCAACCCUUGUAUAUUCUAUGAUUCGCUUACACGUGAAUGAAAUGACCUCAACAGCCCUCAUUCUUGCGACAUGUGUAGUGGAUUCAAAAGUUUUUCAGUUAGUUGGCAAUAGUGCAUGCAGCUUUGGUAUCCUUAUAGACGCAUUGGGACGCGAGCCCUGUGAAAGCUUGUUCCUUUCCUUGUUCCUUCCUCCUUCCGGAUUCAUUACAUUUGCGCUCAUAUUAAUAAAAUGGUAUCGUCUUAUCGGGGAAAAUUUGAAGCAACAUAGUAUUACAUUUGAAUAUAUGUGUUUCCUGAUCAUUUGUUUAGAUAUGUUACUAGGCAUUGGUAUAUCAUGUACUUUCGCCACUGUGAAAUAUGGAAAUCCAAUAUCUGUAAGUAUUUACUUUACUACUCCAAUAACUUUAAUUGUCGGCCAGCAGUUGCGACAUUUUGUAUCAUCGGUGUAACAUUGCUCUCGUGCAAACCGUUUUACAAACCUCACUUUUCCCAACCCCCCUCCCUAAACCCCUUUACCCCCCAAUCAAUAUUAUUAAUCUAACAAUGUUAUGCGCUCUCACACCAUAGGAUUGAGGGAGGGAGGGGGAGGGGAAUUACAGCUAUUUUUGCUAUUUACUCCUACCUCCUCCUUGGCCUGCAACGCUUAAUCCUGACAGGAUUUUCUCCAUUAUGUCAUUUUCUAUAGUUACAACACCAAGGUGACCAAUACAUAAUCUCAGCUGCAUUUCUAGCUGCCAGUCUCAGCUCGUCUGCCAUCUGUAUUCCUUUAAUGGGAUUCAGAGUACCCCGGAUGUAUGGCGCGUAUCUUUUGACACUGUAUCUGGCCUAUUUAGCAGUAUCCGUGGCAACAGCUCGUUAACAUUAGUGACGGCAGAUUAUCAUAUUUCUUAGAGUGACAAUUUAGGUGAUUUUUUUUUAAUCGUACCUCUUAAGAUAUUUUUGUGUUCGAAUUUAGGGCUCGGGAAAGACAUUUAGGGCUUCUAGGAAAGAUUAUUUUAUCUAGAAUAAACACUUAAGUUUUUUGUCAAACGAGGAAAUGACAUAUCAUGAUGGUAAAACCUCAAGGAACUAUCGUGGAACUUCUGAAGUGGGCUGUGUAAGUUAACGUUUAGGUUCUUCAAGUAUUGCAGUAAAGUAUUUUUCAAAAAAAUUAUCUCGUGUCGAGAAAACUAAACAUUUCACUAAAUUUGUGUCGGACGGCAGCCUUCAAACUUGUCGUAGGACUAAAGGAAUCGUUUUCACUCACUUGCUGAUUUUUUAAUUCAAGUGCUUUUACGUUUUAGGAUCUAGAAUCGUAAUAUUAUUCAAUCAUUAUUUAGGUCGUAAUUAAUUUUUAGAACUUUUUUUUACCAAAAAGUAUGUAAAUACAGGUAUUUAAAAUGGCAGGUGCAAAAUAAUAUCAGUGAAUCACUAAUAAAUGUCAAAAGAAAAGAAGAAUAAGUAUGUAUGUUAGCUGCAGAAAUGAGCACAGCUUUAGUGAUCUCUUCGUGAUCACCCAAGUGAGGUGAUCAGCUUAAUAUGGUAAAUGUGUG